AUGGCUUUCCCAAUGCCCGUUCAAGACAGGAAAGGUCCAAUAUUUGAGGAUGGUCCCAAUUUUGAUAUGGCGUUCAGACUUUUUCAUGGGCAAAAUGGUGUAGUCCCUCUUGCUGGAAAAUCAUUUAUCUCUACCGAGAAGUCUCGCUCUGAACCAGCACCAACCCACUUCAAUCCCUUGGCAGCAAAGGCAGCCUCUAUUAGUCUCUCAUCAUUUGGUCCCGGUGGGCCUUUUGGUUUUGAUGCAUUUUCUGAGAAGUGGAAGAAUAAAAAUAAGAAAUCCAAAUCGUCCAAAAAGGAGUCUUCUUCAGAGGGUAGAAAAUCAGAACACGAGGCAAUGAGUGAUGAGUGGUUGCAAAAUGGGAAUUGCCCUAUUGCGAAGUCAUAUCGAGCUGUGAGUCACGUCCUUCCUCUUGUAGCUAAGGCUCUUCAGCCCCCUCCUGGCAUGAAAUUUAGGUGCCCUCCAGCAAUAGUUGCAGCUAGGAGUGCUAUAUCAAAAACUGCCUUUGCCAAAAACCUUCGACCGCAGCCUCUGCCUGCGAAGGUAUUCGUCAUUGGCGUUUUAGGCAUGGCAGCGAAUAUACCUUUAGGAAUAUGGCGAGAACACACAGAAAAAUUCUCUCCCUCGUGGUUUGCUGCCGUCCAUGCAGCUGUGCCAUUCAUAGGCAUGCUUAGGAAAUCCGUGUUAAUGCCUAAGACGGCCAUGGCAUUUACCAUUGCAGCAUCAAUUCUAGGACAGGUUAUCGGUUCUAGGGCCGAGAGGUAUCGGCUGAAGACUGUUGCUGGCAAAAAACUGGUUUAUGCCGAAACUUCAAGCUGUGGGACGAGUCCAUUGGCCGUGGGUGCAGUUAGAGGCGGGCAUUGUAGCGAGAUUGUUGAUUGGAAAACUAAUCCUCUGCAGGUUACCAGUCCUUCAUCGUCAGCAGACGUCUUCGGAUGA